CAACGGGCCUAUCCAUAUAUCCCCGUCUCCUGGCUCAGACAAAUCAGUUGUGUUCCCAAAGCUUAAGACAGGAGCAUCAUAGAGAGCCCUAAUCAGGCGAGAAGAACACACAUGCACACCCUUCCAUGCAAGAAGGAAGAGGCUAGAUUCUAAUCUGACAGUAUGUAUGCCACCUGUGGCCCAUCAUGACCCAAAACUGCAUGAGCUAACAAAGUCUCCUCUACCUGAACCAUGGAUGUUGAUAAAUAACAGCACUUCUAUGCAAGACUUAUUUGGAGUGCCUUCUAGAUCUCGCUUCCUUAGUGCACCUGGGUUACUAUUGGAGGAGGAGGAGGAUGAUGAUGUCUAUCAAGAUGCAAACUUUUCACAGACCACAAGGCUCAUGUUUCCGGAAGGUACCUCUCCUCAGCAGCAGAGCUGUUCUGUGACUGGGAUCAGUGUGGGGGUUGAUACGGAGUUGGAUUUCAGAAGUGCCUGCACAUCCCCAGACUCAAGUAAACGUGAGACUGACGAAGCAGUUCUGCAGAGGAGGCAGAAGCAAAUAGACUAUGGCAAGAACACCACUGGCUAUCGGUGCUAUCGUCAGCAGAUUCCCAAAUAUGAAAGGGAACCAGGAAUUCACCCUCGCAGCCCCAACAAGUAUAAGAAGUAUAGCCGACGGUCUUGGGACAUGCAGAUCAAACUCUGGAGGCGUGCUCUCCAUGCUUGGGAUCCGCCUGGGAUGCCAUUUGAAAACGAAAUUGCUUGUGACUCAAUGCACAGUUUGUUCGAAUCCUGGUUUGACGAGGAGUCCCUUCAACACUUGGAGGAUGAAAUGCUUGCCCUUCAGAUCUCAGAUGUGGAUAAUGUGGGCUGCUCUCCCGAAGACCCAAACCAGAGUUACUAUAAUUGGUUGCAGUGCGGUGACCAUAUAGGGGGUUAUAGUUAUCCAUAUUGGCUAGGGCAAUAGUUUUGUUCUUUGCUUAAGAGGAAGCUAAUCUUUGAGGAUGAUCCCUAUACUUCAACUUCAAUAAUCAGAUUAUUUUUGUUUGUGUACAUCAACCACACAAUACUUUGUGUAGUACCAGUCCUUGUAACUUGCCUUGCAAAAACUUUAUUUUGUAUAUAAACAAAGUAUGCAGAAUAGUGCAUCUGUAAACAUAAUUUCACAUAUCAUAAUAAAUUUAUUAAGACACUACCACUUGUUAAUAAAAGUAACAUGUUUGUAGUGGCACUACUGUUCCAUAAAUCAAUUACUUUCUUCUAGGUUUAAAGCUUGAUUAUUUUGUAUUUUAGUAUGACUUUACAACUGCAAUAUUGUCAUAGCAGACUGUGUGACACAGGUCACUGUAAGUGUUAUAUGCAGAGGGUGUAUAAUAUAUUUUUGCUUCAGGUAAAAUAAAUUAAAAACCAUUAACCGGUUUACAGCAAUUGUCAAGUAAUGCUGAAAUUAAGUUGAAUUUCCAUAAACUUAUUGUGAAUUGUAGAA